CAGGGUCCAUCCAUGUCUGACAGGCAAAUUCGAUUCAUGCAUGCGUCCCGACUGAGAAACCCGUGACAUAGGGAAAACUGCACCCAAGACGACAAAAAACGGGGAAAAACAGGCCCAACCAGUCAGUGUGCAACUGCCUCGAUCGAUGCACUAUACAUAAAGUCCUCUCGCCACAAACACACACAUGCCCACCCCUCCCUGUCUGUCGCAUGAUCUCGUGCUAGCGAAACGCCUAUCUAAGGAAUCAGACCACCUACAGACAUACAAAAUCCUCUCACGACGCACAGCUGCCUGAGGAUGUAAUGCACGCACACCCGACUCCCAAACAACACCACCAUGCAGUCUUUUCCUGUUCAUUCAGGCGCGAUCUUUCUUGACGCGAGGUCCCGUCCAGAGGACCACCCAGGGCAGCGCCACCAGUGUCCACACCAUCGUCCUGGCGAAACGCGCAAAAUCGUGGUCGUCCACCUCGACACUCGCCAGCCGUAUGAGCAGAUCCGACACGCUCAAACUGCACGCGCGCGCGCGGAGAGAGAAACAGAGGCAUAGAACAUCCUUUCUUAUGCAGCCAGGGCAGUUCCGUGGGAAACGAUCUGCUCACUCAUUGCUCCAGAUGUCGAUGGCGUGCGAGUACUGGGCCAGCACAGGCACGACGUUGUCCAGGAACUUGGCCUGCAUCAUGCCAAUGGUCCACCCGAGCGCCCAGGCAACGCCCUGCUUGUUGGCCUGGACGUAGGCAUUGAUCAUGAGCGCCAACGUCCCGCCCAAGCACGCCGCAACCGCAUCCCGCGAUGUCAGGCCGAUGGCAGUCAUUCCGACGGCAGUCAGUGGCCGCAUUCUCUGUCGGUGCAGUGCAUGUGAAGACGCGUGUGUCAGAGGUGCGUGGGCGGGCCGGAUGAAGGCGCCACGCGUCAGCAGGGGCGACAGGAGAGAUACAAGCAGAAGGCGGAAGCUGCAAACACCAGCACGCGCUUGCGAGUAGACAUUGACUGUAUGCCAGUGGUUUCUCACCUCAACGCCACCAUACUGUCUGAGCCUCGGGAUCUUGCUGCAAGCCGUUCAAAGAUGCGCGCACGCAGUGUGGCCGACGACGAGGUGUGCCCGAGUCGGAGGCUUCAUACAUAAUACAUUGGAG